GCUCAUCUCUCACAUAGCCAAAUGCCUCUCAAACCUGGAAAUUACUUGAUCUUCGACGAAAAGAGUGGCAGCCUCAUUGGUCGUCGCCGAGCCGAAGACUUAUCACUCAAUCCCAAAGCGAUUGUCAAGCAUGCCACUCCCAUUCCGCCCGACGAUGCAACGUGGAGAGUUCAGGAGGUUAACGGAAACACGUGCAAUUUAGCCAUCGGGAACAGUCCCUACACCUCUCCAAUCGACGAUUUGGUGUGGGCCAUCUUGAAGAAGGGUGACCCGAUUCCUGAGGGGUGGAAUAUCGAACCUGUUGCUGGCAAACCUAACAGAUACAUUAUCUUGACCAAUGACAAGCGCUCAGCAUGGGACGUUCCCGAGCUAAAUGAAGAUGCUCAGAUUAAAUGCCUUCCUUUGGGUGUUAAAGCAUCUGUGUUCCAGUUUGUUUACAUGGGGCCUGAGAACUGA